AUGGCUUCAAGCACGGACAACAAAUUCACCCUCUAUACUUGCCAUAUUUGCCCAUGGGCGCACCGGGUAUAUAUCGUUCUUUCUGAACUUGGCCUCCCGUUUGAGGAGGUUGAGAUUGACCUUAGCCGGCCCCGCGACCCAUCCUACCUUGAAAUAAAUCCUCGUGGCCUUGUGCCAUCAUUGAAAUACAAUGGCGAGAUCAUUACCGAGUCUGCCACCAUUGCGCAAUUUCUAGCAGAUGCUCACCCGUCGCACCUCGUCCUUCCAUCAAACGCUCCAGGUGGCGCUCUCCAAAGAGCACGGAUCGGCUUUUUUGUAGAUGCUUCCAUAAGCAAAGUUGUAGCCAACCUUGUGGCCUUCAUUGGGGCCAAGACAGACGCAGAGGGCGUAACUCAUAUUGAAGCUUAUAUCGAAGGGGUUGUGAAGGAACUGGAGCCGCUCCUCAAAGACGCAAAGCCCUUCUUCGGUGGAAGUGACAAGCUUACUUUGGCAGAGGCUCUCACUGGCUCAUUCGCCAUUCGUUUGUUGGCCCUUUUCAAGACUGGGGUGAUCCCGAGCAGCUUGGAAGUACAAUUGAAGGAGAGGGCCCCGGCCUUCUACGCGUGGGCAGUGGCCGUUUCGAACCAUCCAAGUGUUACUGGAAAUUUCAAUGAGAAGGCAGUUGUCGAUUUCUACAAGGGUCAAAUCGAAAAGCAUCGCAGCCCGGAUUCAGAACACUAG